AUAUACAUAUCUUCUGAUCUGCUUCUUUUGUUCUAUACUGCUCCUUCUUUUACAGGACACCCAUUCAUUCAUUCUUAUUAAAAUAUUCUAAACAAAUUUGAGGCGAGUUCAAGUUCGAGUUCGAUCUUUUAUUAAACAAGAUUAAAUUUGGGGGACUUGUUAAUAUCGGGGGUUGUAGGUACGGAAUCAUCUUGCUGAGCUUAGCUGAACAGGGGAUUUUAGAUGGGGUAAUUGAAGGGUUUUUCAUAUGUCGAAGGCGUGUUCUGUUCGAAGAUGCAGGGGUCGUUCAAUAGACAUGAUGUGUUCUUUUGCAUAAUUGUAAUUGAUCAUUUUGAGUCUGGUUGAUGAGGUCCAUUCAGAAAAAUGAAAAUGGUUACGGUGGUGUGAAGGUUGUGGCAGAGCUUAAUCAAUAUAUAGAUGCUGAAAAGAGAGGAGGUAGGGGUAGGGUUCCAGGUGAAGGACAGGGGCUUUCCGAGGAAGAUGAAUUGAGAAUUAUCGAUGAUGGUGAGGAUGCAAAUAGCAGGCGUUCAGCGAGUUCUGUUCAGCUUCCUAUGGUCACUCAUAUGCCUCAGUCGCAAAUCCAAGGGCGGGUUCGUUGGGAUAGGUUUCUUCCUUUUGGAUCUCCCAAGGUUUUGCUUGUAGAAAGUGACGACUCAACUCGUCAUGUUGUUACUGCUUUGCUACGGAAUUGUAGCUACGAAGUCACACCAGUGUCAAAUGGUAUAGAAGCAUGGAAAAUCUUAGAAGAUUUAAACCAUCAGAUUGAUCUGGUCUUGACUGAGGUAGUCACAUCUGGACUAUCUGGUAUUGGUCUUCUGUCCAAGAUAAUGAGUCACAACAGCUGCCAGAAUACUCCUGUCAUUAUGAUGUCAUCUCUUGAUUCAACUAGUUUAGUCUUAAAAUGCUUGUCCAAGGGUGCUGCUGACUUUCUGGCGAAGCCUAUAAGGAAAAAUGAACUUAAAAACCUUUGGCAGCAUGUAUGGAGGAGAUGUCACAGUUCUAGUGGUAGCAAUGGUGACAGCUGCAUACGGAAUGAAAAAUCUAUUGGCGCCAAAUGCGCUGAUGAGUCGAACAAUGACACUGGCAGCAACAACGAAAAUGACAAAAGAAGUAUUGGUUUACAAGCUCAGGAUGGAAGCGACAAUGGAAGUGGCACUCAGAGUUCAUGGACAAAAAGGGCAGCAGAAGUUGACAGCCCCCAGCGAUCAUCUGCUUGGGAACAAGCAACUGAUCCAGAUAAUAGUACUUGUGCUCAGGCCAUUUACCCAAUGCCCGAGGCAUUUGCCAGCAGCUGGAUGCCUGGAGCCAUGCAGGAACAGGAUAAUCAACUUGAAAAUGUCCCGAUGGGAAAGGACUUGGAGAUUGGAGCACCUAGAAAUACAGAUUCACUGAUAAAUGUACCAAACAGAAAGGUGACCAUAUCAACUACUGCUGAGAAGUUCCAAACUUCACAGAUAGACCUGAACCAGAAAAAUGAUGGUCAGAAUUUUGAUGAUGAGAAUCAGGAGAUGAGCAAUGAUAAACCUAAAGGUGAAUGGAAUCAACAGGAUAUGAACUUACCAGGAGAAGGUUUCAGCACUGAUGAACAUCAUGAAGGAAAUUUAGUAUCUGAUGCACUGCCAUUUCCUUCUGAAAUUUGUAAAAACAAUGACCAAGUCAUGAAACAUGCCGAGGAAUUGCCUUCACUUGAGCUCAGUCUGAAGAGGGUGGGUGAUGUUGCAGACACAAGUACUAAUGUCUUGGACCAAAAUAUCCUCAGGCACUCGCAGCUUUCAGCCUUCACCAGGUACAAUACAGGUUCAGCUGGUAACCAAGGCCAAACAGGCAAUGUUGGUAGUUGCUCUCCACCAAAUAACAGUUCAGAAGCAGCAAAGCAAUCCACUGAUCCUCCGAAUCAAAUUUCUAAUAGCAGCAGUAACAACAACAACAUGGGUUCUACUACUAAUGGAUCUUUCACAAAGCCUACUACGGCCACUGCAAAGUCAACAGUCAACGAUUCUCAACAAUCAUCCGUGUUUCAUCCACUGCAAAUUGGUAACACCAGUGUUGCAUCAUUAAAUGCUGCUGUAAUGCAAGAAAAUGGGAUGGGCCAUCAGCAACUCAAGACCCAACAUCACCAUGACCAUCAUCAUCAUCAUCAUCAUAAUUUCCAUGGUGUACAAAAGAUUCCUCCCCAGGAUGAUAUGUCAAAAAGCACCCUACAAUGUGGAUCCUCCUCGAAUGGUUGUAGAGUGCCAACUGAAGCAAAUGCCGCCAACUGCAGUGUAAAUGGGAGUGCAAGCGGAAGUAAUCAUGGUAGCAACGGAAGUAGUGCUGUUGUGAAUGCUCAAGGAACAAACAAGGUCAAUGGUAAUAGUGGGACAGCUACAAAAGAUGGUGCAGAUAAUGGAAGUGGUAGUGGAAGUGGAAGUGGAAUUGGUAGCGGUGUUGGUUUAGAUCAAAAUCGAUCAGCACAACGAGAAGCUGCAUUGAACAAAUUCCGUCUGAAGCGAAAAGAAAGAUGCUUUGACAAAAAGGUGCGAUACCAAAGCAGAAAGAAGUUAGCCGAUCAAAGACCACGUGUUCGUGGGCAAUUUGUGCGCCAAGAGCGAGAAAACAAAGCAAAUAAUGCAGAUAGCUAACACAAUCUCAUUCCAAAAGUCGCCGUCAAGAUCAUUCAUGCCACUCUAGUGUUAGCUGUCUACAUAUGUAUAAGAAUUCAAUUUUCUCUCUUUCUUUUUAAUUUUUAUUAAUGUCUACAUGAGGUACUAAAUACUGUAAAACCUCAUCGACUCUGUUUCUUUUAGACUGUAGGAAAACAUGUUUUCCUUUGUGUUUUCAUGGUUCCUAUUUUGAGCUGUGUUCACUACUUUUUAACAUGGUAGCCCCAACCCAGGGUUGCCUCUGGAAAUAAGCUUCUCUUUUAA